CUUACUUUCAGCCUUUUGAACUAAAAUACCUUACUUUUAGUCACAUUUUAGCAGUGGUGUGCAGUCAGGGCCAGCAAAGCCUUCUCUGUUGGCCCUAACCACUCCCAGAAGCACUGACCUACAACCGACAGACUUUGAUUCUACUAUUUGUUCCAAUUUGUUCCAUGAAAUGUUAUCAAUUUAUUCCCAAAAGUCUAUCAUCUUCAUUCAGUAGCAUGUUUACUGCUUCCAGUAGUGUAUGUGUAUGUGUAUGUUAUUUUAUCUUUUUUGUCCAAUCAGAUUUCAGCUUCCAUGUGUUGUCAAGUCAAUUAAAUCUGUCCAGGGCCUUCAGAAUCAGGAGUGCUGGCCCAUGUCACUUAAACACUAUAAGCAAUGGGGCUGUUUUUGUUAAACAAUCAGAUUUCAGAUUCACUUCCCGCCACAGUGAUACGAGCACUGUUCUAUCCUACGAUUGGCUGAUCACAGCAAAACUGAUUGACAAGCCAAGUUACGCCCACAAUGGCUGACUGAUGAGGAGAAAUUGACAUCUCUGGUGAGUAGAUGCAUUCACUUAAAAAGGUUUUAUAUUUUUGUCAUGUUACUGGAUAAAUAUUGAUUGUGAACUGCUCCAGGUGAUGUUGUAGCAUAGAUUUUUGGAGUUGUCUGAACAUUUAAUCCCCGAGCCGCUCUCCUUACGCAUUUGAUUGCAUCCCUCACGGUGUCAUGUGGGGCGUGAACUGGGUGUACGGGAUUCGGUCCUCGUACAACCGUAGCAGGAGCCUGGUUCACAUUUCCCGUAGUAAGUCAAGCCUGUUCCUGGUGAACGCUGGUUUCCACCGAUUCUGUUCAUAAUCCUUUGGGAUGGGAGUGAGGUCUUGCCCAAGGUGGAGGAGUUCACGUAUCUCAGGAUGGUAUUCUUGAGUGAGGGAAGGCUGUAGUGUGAGAGCAACAGGUGGAUCAGCACAGUGAUGCAGCAAUGCAGUCGCUGUAACGGACCGCUGUGGUGAAGAGAGAGCUGAGCCAGAGGGUAAAGCUCCCAAUUUACCGGUCGAUCUACGUUCCCACCCUCACUUAUGGUCAUGAGCUCUGGGUAGUAACUGAAAGAACAACUUCUCAGAUACAAGCCGCCAAAAUUAGUUUCCUCCGUACGAUGGCUGGACUCAGAGUAAAGCCGCUGCUCCUUGACAUUGAGAGGAGCUAGUUCAGAUGGGCUUGGGCAUCUAGUCCAGACGCCUCCCUGAUGAGGCGUUCCGGGCAUGUCCAGCCCUGAGGAGGUCCAGAAGCAGACCUAGGACAUGCUGGAGGGAUGAUGUCUCACAGUUGGCCUGGGAACGCCUUGGUGUCCUCCCCGUGGAACUGGAAGAGGUGUCCAAGGACUAGAAAGUCUGGACUUCCCUACUGAGACUGCUGCCACCUGACCCGGAUAUAUGGAAGAAAAGGGAUGGAUGUACAUUUGGCUGAGCACCAGGUUUAGCACCGACGCCACCGACCAUCGUUGGAAUAUUUCUAAUGCUGAAAGUUAUUAGCAGUAAGGUAAGUCAGGCCUAUCGGUGACUAUGUAGUCCAGCCAGUGUCUGGUUAAGUCCCCACUGAAGGCCCAGGUACCAAAUGCACCACAUUUUAGUCAUUUUGAUAUGUGAUAGUCCAGUUUUAGUCAUCUUCUUGUGUUAAUACACUGCUUGUAUUCAACUGUGUUAGGUUAAUUGGCGACAGGUAUGAAUAUGAACAUGAGUGAUUGUCUAUAUGUGCCCUGCGAUUGGCUGGCGACCAGUCCAGGGUGUACCCCACCUCUCGCCCAAAGUCAGCUGGGAUAGGCUCCAGCAUACCCCCGCAACCCUAAUUAGGCUAAGCGGCAUAGAAAAAGAAUGGAUGGCUCUUUUUUCUAAUAAACUAAAAACUUAAUUUGGAUUCUUCAACAGAUUAAUAUAUAUUUCCCUUUCAGAGUAAAAACUGCUUACCCAACUUUCUAAAUUUAAGAACGGACUCACACACAGAAAAUAUAUCUAAAGAUUUGCUGAUUUCAGACCACUUCUGCAAUUUUCACAUGAGAAAAAUCUUAUAUUAAGAAAGUAUAGCUAGCCAAUUCUUAUGAAGAUAUUUUAGCCAGAAAUUAGUUCUUUUUUUCCUAAUAACAAGCUAAAAACCUUACUUUGAUCAUUCUUCAACAACAGAUUAAGAAUAUUUGUCUUAAAUUAAGAUAAAACUGGUUUCUAAACUUUCUCAAUUUAAGAAUCACACACAGAAAAUAAAUGUAAAGAUUUGCUGAUUUCGGACCAAUGUGAAGGCUGAACAGCGAAUUUCAUAGAGCGUACCAAGAUUUAUAAAAAUUAAAUCUAGUCAUAAAAUCUGUGUAAAUGUGUAAAAUUAUUCAACUUGAUUCAAGAAAAUAUUACUCUUUAUCUAGUUGACAAAUCUAAAAACUGGUGAAUUUACAUGCAAAUCAUGCCAAAAAAGAAUUCUAAUAAUGUAUAUGACAAUAGGUUUUCCUAAAUGAAGUGAAUUUUACUGUAAAUUGUGUCAUUUUGCUUAUUUGUUGAGAAGCUCAGACCAGUGAAUAAGUGUUGUUAGCGGCACAGUGGCCCAGUGGUAUGUUGGCCCCACAAUCAGGCAACCCGGGUUUAAAACCCUGUCAGAACCUCUGUGCGGGACUUGCACGCUCCCCCGUGUACUCUGGCGUCCUUCCACAUUCCAACAAUAUGUAUGAUAGUUUAAUUGAAGGCUCUAAAAAUUGUCAAUAGGUAUGGUUGUUUGUCGAUAGGAAACUCUAAAAUAAAAGAGGAAAUGUAUUUGGGCUUGUUUCAAGUAUGGCUGUUUUUGCUGUCUGUAAGUCUUUUUUGUUUUUUUCAUACCAUAACGCACAACCGAAAUUUGAUUUAAAAAGUACUUACUGUAUAUGGUAUGGAUAGUAUUUACACAGUGCAACAUUUAUUUCAGUAAUGUCAUUGUUCAUAUAUUAAAUCAUCAUAAUCACGGACUUGUCAUUAAUUCAACUAUCACUCAGACAAACACACUGCAAAAGCAGCCAUACUUGAAACAAGCCCAAAUUAUCAUAAAAUGAGACAACUUUUCUUAUUUCAAGCAAAAAAAAUCUGCCAAUGGGGUAAGCAAAAUUUGCUUGGCUAGAAUUCUUAAAACUAGAAUCUUCUUGUAAGAAUAUAAUGAGUCCUAAAAUAAGAAAUCAGGUCUAAUUUUAAGGAUGUUUAUUUUAAAUCACAUCACUAGUUUUAAGUCAAAUGGUCUUAUUACAAGUUAAGAUCAAGACAAAUAUUCUUAUUAGAUUCAUAAAUGAACAUAAAUGCCACUUGUAUGAAGCUAGAUUUAAGCAAAAUCUUAUUACAUGUUUUAGAUUUAGGAAGAUUGUUCUUUAUUGACAAGAAAUGAGUGCUCUUAAAAUUGGUAGUUUUUCUAACGUUAUGCUUGUUUUAAGCCAAAAUAGAAGGAUUCCUAGACAUGUAAAAAGGACAUAUCUAAAAAUAAGACAACAUUAAAAGAGGUUUUCCCAUUUUACAUACUUUAUUUAAACAAAAACCAAAACACAACCAUGUUGUGUCCUUGUGUUAAAUGGUUAACUCUGAAUGGAAAUAAAUACACAGUAUAUUGUCAUGACAUUGUAUGGUGAUUUGAUGGCAGUGACUUCAAGAUGCAGAGAUGACCCAGUGCAGGUAAAAACUAUUUUUAAUCGGCUGUAGAGCAGAAACCAGAAAGCUUGCAGCAGGAGUGUUUAACCUAAGACAAAAAGCUAAACAAAUAACAGCCGCAUGGCCAACCGGGACCAACCUCACACAUACAAUGCUCCGACCAACUAAAGAUUAAAUAAUAAGAAACCAAAUUAGCCACACAUGUGUGUCCCAGCCAGCUGUCGUUUUCCCCUUGGUUACAUGGUUGGGUCCCUCAACGUUCUUCUAACAUUCCCUCAACAAGCCCCUCGUGAUGUCUGUAUGUUGUUUUUGGGUACCUGUUGCUUGCCCCAUGGUUACAGUGGCUGACCUAAAAAGAAUAAGAAAGAAAAGGCUGAAGACAAUAUAUACAUAUUCACAAAAACAUGAAAAACUGCAAUUUUUCUCACAGUGAUUGAAAGAUUUCAAAUUCAUUUCAUAUUUUGAAAAUUCACCAACUGAGACAAAUACAAGAAGCAUUUUAAAUUUACCGUCUGUGUGAGGCGAACUUGAUUGUUUGCCAGAUGGACUCCUCAAACUGUGCUUCUUUCUGGUCGCUACAGUACAAAGUGAAAAUGAAGCCAAGUUACACAUCAAAACCCCAUCAGGCAAGCUUGGCAUGAAACUGAAGUAUACAAUAAACUAACACUAGCAACAGUUAGUUUGCAACUCCCUGGUCAUGAAAUGGUAUUAAACUGGAAAUGAAAAACUGAAAGCCACUGUACCUUGAAGUGGGUCCAGAGAUGUACACAUUGGUGUAUAAGACCUCCCCGAUCCCGAGUGGACUGGCUACUUGGCAAACUGGUGUUUGAAAAGAUGUAUCAGGGUGCGUGGUGUUGACUCAUUUGAAAAUAGAUAUGAAUGUUGUUCAGCUCAUUUAUGGUUUUCUUCAGUUUUCUUCAGCACCGUUUCCAAACGGCUGUGAACCUACCUGGCAAAGAACACCUACAUCGAUACAUCAGUCCAGAAAGGAGGCAUUUCAGGAAUGUCAGGUUGUCUGGAGCAUACGGGUGUGGUGACACAGCUCAUUCGGGAGGCCAGAGACAACAAGGCAGGUGCAGAGACCUCAUCGCUGAUUAUUACAACAAUUUCAGGAUGAGGGUCUCUUCAGGAGCAAUAACAUCCAGUUGGCACAAGGUGGACAUCGGUAUCAUCACAGGGUGCACUAUCUCUUUGACGUUGUUCUCCCUAGCCAUGAACAUGCUCACCAAGUCUGCUGAACCAGAGUGCAGAGGGCCCCGCACGAAAUCUGGACAACGGCAACCACCCAUCCGGGCAUUCAUGGAUGACCUCACAGUCAUGACAUUAUCAGUCCCAGGCUGUCAGUGGAUUCUGAAGGGGCUUGAGAAGCUGGUGGGUUGGGCCCGGAUGCGUUUCAAACCUGACAAAUCCAGAUUAAUGGUGCUGAGGAAAGGAAAGGUAGAGGACAAGUUCCAGUUUAACAUCACAGGCACAGCCAUCCCAACUAUCUCAGAGAAACCAGUCAAGAGCCUGGGAAAGGUUUUUGACUGCUAUCUGAGAGACACAACAUCUAUACAGUCGACCUGCACUGAGUCGGAUGGCUGGCUGAAAUCUGUGGUCAAGUCAGGCCUGCCUGGGAAGUUUAAAGCCUGGGUCUACCAACAUGGCAUUCUUUCCAGGAUCCUGUGGCCCCUCCUUGUUUACGCAGUCCCCAUCUCGACAGUUGAAACCAUGGAGAGGAGGGUCAGCAACCACCUCCGGAGAUGGCUUGGAUUGCCAAGGAGCCUGAGUAGCAUUGCACUUUAUGGAAACACCAACAAAUUGCAACUGCCUCUGAAAUCCCUGGAGGAGGAAUACAAGGUAACCAGAGCCAGGGAAGUGGUUCAGUACAGGGACUCAUGUGAUCCAAAGGUGGCUAAAGCAGGGAUCCAAGUAAGGACGGGCAGGAAAUGGAGGGCAGAGGAAGCAGUUCAAGAGGCAGAUGCUAGGCUGCACCACAGGAGCCUGGUGGGAGUGGUCACACGAAGCCGAACAGGGCUAGGUUCCUUUCCGUGUCCCCAAAUGAACACCAGGGGGAAGGAAAGGCGACGCCUUGUUCAGGAGGAGGUGCGAGCAGCAGUGGAGGAGACCAGAACCUGCAAGGCAGUGGGAAUGAAACAUCAGGGAGCUUGGAUGAGAUGGGAGAAUGCGGUUGAGAGGAAAGUCACUUGGGCAGAGCUUUGGAAAUCUGAGCCUCACCGCAUUAAAUUCCUCAUCCAGGCAGUGUAUGAUGUGCUUCCAAGCCCGUCAAACCUGCACACAUGGGGCAUAGUAGAGUCACCAGCAUGCCCACUGUGUUCAAAGCGAGGAACCCUGGAACACAUCUUCAGCUGCUGUACAAGGGCACUUGGAGAUGGACGGUACAGGUGGAGGCAUGACCAAGUCCUUAAAACCAUCGCUGAGGCCAUCAGCUCAGGACUGGAGUGGGCAAAGCAGUUCCGUCCCUCCAAGAAAGCCAUCGCCUUUGUCAGAGCUGGGGACAAGCCAACUCCUGUCAGAAGAACAUCUGCAGGCAUACUGAUGUCUGCAAGAGACUGGCAGUUGUUGGUGGAUCUUGAACAUCAGCUGAAGUUCCCCAGCCACAUUGCCGUCACCACCCUGCGACCAGACAUUGUCCCUGUGUCAGAGUCCACCAGGCAAAUAGUGCUGCUGGAGCUGACAGUCCCAUGGGAAGAUCGACUGGAUGAAGCCUUUGAGAGGAAGCUCUCCAAGUACGCAGGGGUUUUGCAGCCCGAUCCUUGGCCACAGUCUUCAGUAGUUUAGGCAUCGAGGGAGAGAGAAAGAGGAGAGCCAACCGCAGUUCCACCGAUGUGGCAGAAAGAGCCUCGACAUGGCUUUGGCUCAAAAGAGGGGAGCCAUAGAGUCAUGGAAGCUAGCUAGCCGUCUGGACACAAGCUGGAGUCUGAUCAGCCCCGGCUGGGUCACCUGGAGGAGGGCGUAUUAUGUUGAAAGACCCGAAACGCCUUAAGAUCCAAGGAACUGAAGAUGUGUCCAGACCAGGCAUCAGUAGAUGUAUGUACACAGCAUGGUCGACAAGGUACCCGUGGUAUUUGUAAAAGAUGAAUCUAUGGUGUUACAUGAGGCAAUCACAAAAAAUGACAUGAAGUGGGUGGUGACAGAAAUCUGCUGAGCUGAAAAAGGCACACAAACACAUCAAUGCAAUUCAGUUGAAUGUAUUUAUAUUUAUAUAGUGGUAAAUCACAACAGCAGUUAUCUCAUGGCACUUUACACAUGGUCACAAAUUACAACAGAGACAACUGAAACCCAGACUCAGAUCAGUCACAUGACAUACACCAGGUGAUUCGCAAUGAAUGUUUAAAAAAAAACAAUAAAACUUUGCCUUUGAGGGAAAAGGCUUGAUACUAACUAGUAUCACAACAUCACAAAACUAAAAAACUAACUUAUUGGAUGGUUAACUCGGAACAGAAAACUGCAGGGAACGCCUAACUAUAUUGAGAUGUAGCAUUAAAAGAGAAAAGCAAGAGAAAGCAAGAGUUUCUUUCGUCAUGCAUUUACUCUGUUAUCAACAAGCCGUCACGAGAGUACCGCCACAAGCCACAGUGUGUGUGCAGCGCUGUGGAAGCCUGCAGCCAGCCUAUGCAUACAGCAGGGGGCCAUUUAGUGAUAUUGCUACCAAAACACAGAAUGGACACACUCAAUUGUUAACACUCCCACCUCCCUAUAAAAUACGUAACCCAGGGAUGUCCUAAAUGCGGAAUUUACUUAAGAAUUUACUUUAAAUAUGUGGAUUUUUAAAGCCUUUAAAAAAUGUUUUCAAAAAACCUACAUCAAGGUCAAUUAUGCAAAAUUGACGAUUCACAAACAAAGAACAAGAUACUAAAAAACAUUCUGAAAGAGUCUCGGUUAGUUUGCUGUUGGCAGCGGUUUUUAAGGAUUGCAUGCUUUAUUUGAUGUCACUUACAGAGGGUGAGGAGCUCGGUUAUCCGAGAGGAGCUCAGAGUAGAGCCGCUGCUCCUUCACAUCGAGAGGAGCCAGCUGAGGUGGCUCGGGCAUCUAGUCCGGAUGCCUCCCGGACGCCUCCCUGGUGAGGUGUUUUGGGCAUGCCCAGCCGGGAGAAGGCCCCGGGGAAGACCUAGGACACGCUGGAGGGAUUAUGUCUCACAGCUGGCCUGGGAACGCCUCGGUGUCCUCCCGGUGGAGCUGGAGGAGGUGGUCGGGGACCGGGAAGUCUGGGCUUCCCUACUGAGACUGCUGCCCCCGCGACCCGGACCCGGAUAAGCGGAGGAAAAUGGAAUGGAAUGGAAUGGAACUUACAGACGUCACACAGGCUACAAGAACAUGUGGAAUUCUCUUUUCUUUGUGCGUAUGAUCAUUUGGUUGAUGGUUGUCGAUCCACUUUCUAAAGCCAACAUGGCACACAUUUAACCUGACAAUGGAACGUCUGCAGUUGAAUAGCAGACAUUUGAAUACCCAAUGGCUGACAUUGUCACUUAAUCACAACACUUUGCACAGACAAGCAAAUGAGUAGCCUGAGGCAGAUUCAUUUAUAGCACUUCACAAAUGCAAUUCCAUGUGCUUAAAGAGAUAGUUGGGUUUUUUUUUACAUGAAUACAGCCUAUAACAUCCCCAUCAGUGGUGUAGUACACCAAAAGAGACUUACCCCCCACUUGCUGCCCUAAGACCAGUUCUGGUCAGAUUUCGGUGAUGAAGAAUAUAGUUCCAGGUAGUCGCUCGGGUUAGGAGUAAGGAGUUGGGCUUCAUAUGCAUUCAACAGACUAAUACAAAACAUUUGCACCACAAAAAUGCCUCCUCGAAAAAAAUCACAUCUCACUAAUCGCUCGGCGUUAUAUUUGUCUCCCGCCGUACGUGUGCGCACUGUUGCCUGGCCAUUCUUGUCUAUGUGAUGAAGGUGCUUGCAUGGGAAAACAGUAUUUAGUCCUUAAACAGGGAAGAGUUGAGACAUUUUUCAAAUGAUUUAUAGCCUAAACAUGAAGUUUAUUGUCAGCACCGUCAUUGGGCCUCAUUCACGAAACGUUCUUACGCACAAAUCUGUUCUUAAAGCCUUCUUACGAAGAUUUUUGGCAUUCACGAAACGUGUUCUUAACUCAAAGUUCUUAGAUCUAGGAACAAAUUCUACGAACGCUCAGGAGGACUCUUACGCACAAGCAAAGCUUGCACUUUCAAUGCGCAAUCGCCCUCAUGAUGGAUUUUGCAACCUGAUCCCAAAAAAUGUAGUGCAAAUAAAAUAUCCCAACAAUUAUUUAUCAUCAAAACAACUAAAAUAUACUCCGUCGAUAAAUAUAUAUUCAAAUCCCAAUUCAUCAACAAAAAAAAAAAGUAGCUGGCUGGACGUGCGCUGCGCAGAGAGAGAAUGUAAAGGGACCAUUAGAUUUAUUUGCUGAAAGCCACGAAUAUUUGAUGUCCCGCUUCAGGCUUCAGGCUUCCCUCUCUGUUCUUGCAGGUGUUCAGGAUCAUCAGAAUAACAUCGCAAUGAAACGUGGUGUGUCUAUCGCGCACGGAGCACCCCCAGAUAACGAAAUGCGCCCCCAGCCACGUCUUGAGCCAGAGCACGGGGCUGCUGUAUUAAUUAGGCAGCGUCUAAUCAAAUGUAACCACAGAAAAAAUACAUUGUCACACACAAACUAUGUAUUUUGACUUUAUUUUUCCAUCAUGAUGGUGUAAAUAUUUUCUAGAGUUUCCGAAAUGGUUUGGUUUCUGAUGGAUGGCCCGCCUCCCGUUUCCUCCAGAUCCCUCCGGUGCAGUCCAAUCUUUUUUUUGAGUCUAUUUUAAGUCAAACCACUUCUUUUUAACCUCUGCGGUGGUGCGUUUCUCCGUGGAAACGGCAUUUAUGUUUCCUGCAUGUUUCCUCCAUGCCGACUCUUUUUGGAUGGCCUGAUGACCGGUGGAUACACGUGAAAAUAAGGUGGUCUUGUGUUCGCUCACUCCUUGUAAAAGCACCUCUAUUUCUGUAGAAUUGAAGUUUUUCUUUCGUUUGUUGUCCAGCUGCUCCUCAGUCUUGCCCUAAGAACGUGUCGUGAAUGCGGCGCAGUUUCCAUCCCGCGCCUUCUUAAGUACACUUCUUAAGAAGACUUUUAAGAAGAUUUUCGUGAAUGAGGCCCAUUGUUCUUGCAGCUACCAAAAAGCAACCAAUCAAAAACCAAACCAAUGUUGUGUGGAGCUAUCAGCUGCACCCACAGGGCAACGUCUGUGUUAGUGGGUUGCCUUAACGUUAGGGAACUUUAGACUUUCUGAAGUUAACCACUGGAGAACGUUCUUUUUUUUCUUAUGUGUUACCUUGUUUAUUUGACUCCACAUUACACGUUUACACACUAAGAUGUGAUAUCAUCUACAUUACAUUGUUUAUUGUUAUUGUUGUCUUCAGUAAGCGACCAGUCCAGGGUGUACCCCGCCUAUCACCCGAAGUCAGCUGGGAUAGGCUCCAGCAUGCCCCUGCCACCCUAAAGAGGAGAAGCGAUAUAGAAAAUGGAUGGAUAAAUGUUAGAUACCUACAUUUUCUAUGUGUGAGUCCAUUCUUAAACUUAGAAAGUUUAGAAACCAGUUUUAUUCUCAAUUUAAGACAAAUAUUCUUAAUCUGUUGUUGAAGAAUAAUCCAAAAAAGGUUUUUAGCUUGUUAUUAGAAAAAUAACUAACUUCUGGCACAACAAAUCUUCGUAAGAAUUGGCUAGCUAUACUUUCUUAGUAUACCGGGUAAGAUCAUUUUUCUCAAGUGAAAAUUGCUAUUUAAGAUAUUUUUUCUUUUAAGGAAAAAAAGAAAUGGUUGCUCUAGCGUCUUUGGCCAGUAGUCUACCAGUGAACUAUGCCGUCGCUACUGUGAAUGAUAAUACAUGUAAUUGGGAAAUAUUCCUUGCCACGGUGUUAAUCCUAAUGUUCAAGCAGAAGAUGUAGUAAUUCUACAUUUGGUCAAACUUACUUAAGAUUUGCCAGAUCAAAACAAGAUCGAUGCAUAUUUUGGACCUACUUUCUGAUUAGGCACGCUAAGCAUCUCCUGGACCCAAUAUUGUGUAUAAUGACACAGCUAGAAUACAGUAAUGCCUCAUCACUUCAUGCUUGGAAUUUUGCGGCUUCACUCUAUCAGAGGUUUUCAAAAAUAUAUAAAUUAAUAAAUCAUGCUGUUUCAUGGUUGAAUACAGCCUAUUUGCCAUCAUAAAAUCUGCAUAUUUAAGCACAUUUUAUGCAUGUUUUGCCCUAUUGAAGCAGGAAAAUGAAGAAAAUACAAAUAUAAGGCAUUAAGAAGACAUAUUCAAAGACUUUGUGAUGAUAUGUUGUAUUCCACACCGGUCACUGGGUGUCAGUAAUGUUACUGUAAUGUUCGCUGAGACAAACAAGCACCAGACUUGAUUGCCGGAACAACAGGCUUUUAUUGCAGGUUUGGAUGAUCUCACAACAGGCACAAUAAUCCCAAACACGGGCUACUGUUGCGGCCAUAACUCAUGCCAAGCUAAAACUAAACUCUGAACCCCCGACAUCACUUCCUGUUCACCCGCUACUCAGCUCCCCUAGCACCGGAACACAUUUACAGUAACACAAACAAAUCUUAUUUAUGUCUUAUAGAUCACAUUUUCUCUUUUGUCUACUACGUAUAUUGGGUAAUAUGAACGUAAGGGUGACUGUAGGGGUGUUAUUUCAUGUCUAGAGGGCUCUAAUAGUGUUUAAAAAAAUAUUUAGACAGUUGUAAACAGGUUUUCUGUGCUCUACAAAAACAUUCAGUUUUAAAGAAGGAAUCCUACUGAACAAGGUUGGGUCUCGAACCAAUUCACCGUGAUAAAUGAGGGAUUACUGUAUACCGUUUAAAAGCAAUGCAAAAUCAUAUGUGUUUCCCAUACAAUCAUUUACAUGAUUAAAUGUGUACCACCACAGCAGGUUUUGCCGCUUUUGUUUUUUUUUUUUUUUAGAUUGCCAUGUUGGGCGGCACAGUGGCCGAGUGGCUAGCAUGUUGGCCACACAGUCAGGAGAUCAGGAAGUGGAGUUUGCAUGUUCUCCCCGUGCGUGCAUGGGUUUUCUGUGGGUACUCCGGUUUCCUCCGACAGUCCGAAAACAUGCAUGUUAGGUUAAUUGGAGACUCUAAAUUGUCCAUAGGUAUGAAUGUGAAUGUGAAUGUGAGUGUGAAUGUUUGUCUAUAUGUGUCCUGGUGACCAGUCCGGGGUGUACCCCGCCUCUCGCUCGAAGUCAGAUGGGAUAGGCUCCAGCAUACACCCACGAUCCUAAUUAGAAUAAGCGGCAUAGAAAAAGGAUGGAUGGAAGUCUGUGAAUGUAGCUUGUUGUUGCAUGUCUAUCCAGUAGUUGGCAUCGUAACGCUGCUUCUUAACACACCUCAUACGCACAUGUAGCACGCACCAGCCCUGCACGACUGACUUGGACAUUAUAACACGUCUGUUAAUCAAUAGUGAGAUAUUACGUGCACUAUGACGUGUACAUGAUCUGUAAAAUCAUUUACAUGGAGUCCAGGGAACAUCAUGAAUGUUUUUUUUUUAUUUAAUCGCCCUUAUAAGGUGCACGCAUUGUCCACCGCUGCAUGGAAUGAAACCAACACCUGUGAAUCAAUAACUUCAUGUUGUGUAGUUACAAAGCUUUCAAAACAUGAGCUCACAUUUCUCAUGACACAAACCACAAAAGCUCCAUUUUACCCGAAACACUGCAUACCCAUUAAAAAACAUUGCAAAACAAGAUAUUAACGUACGCGGUGACCACCUCACCAGCCAUCAGAUGCUAGCCUAUGGACGGUGUGAGCAUACAUGAGGCCUUAAAAACUUGUUAGCAAAUCCAAAAAACAAAGAGGUGAUCAAGUGUUCAGAGCUGGACUUGAGUCCUCUUUGAGGGUCCUGUUAGAGGUCAGAGAAUGGGACAGCCGGACCAGACGCUCUUCCUCUUCUGCCGUACUUUCUGACGGUGUCAAAUCCGUGGGGGCUGACAGAGUCCUGAGGACGCCUCGGGACGGUGUGUCAGUGGUCGCAGGAGCGAGGUGGUCUGUCAAGUGUACCGAGUCAUCGGGCUGAGAGAGCUUAUCAGCAGUUUUGGGUGGCUGGUAAGGCGGUGGCCCGGUAAGUGGGAAGUCAUCUGAGGCGUGCAAGGCCUGGCUGUGGAUAAUGAUGGGGUCUGGGGAAGGCAGAGUGACCACCUCCUCAUCAUCAGCAUGACAUAGAUCCUUGACGUCAUUGGAGGGGCUGUGGUCUGGGUAUAUGGACUCUGCCUGCUUACGUAUGAUGUGGAGUUUCACUCCUGCUUUGGGACAACCACUGGCUGAAGAUGGCUUUCCUCUAGAGGCUUCAAGAGGGCUCAGCAGCAAUGGCAGCUCCUGACCCAGAGGGUUACGUGGCAGCUCUUCAAGCUUCCCUGCGUUAACAAGGAAUCAUUCCAAAAUGUAGGCUUUUAUCUGACGGGGUGUUGCUGCAAGAAGCAGUCAGGUGUUUUGCAGGUGUUUACCUGGAGGAGGAAAAUCCAGCUUCAUCUUGCGCAGUUCGGUCAUGGAGGCCCUCAGCUGUUCCAUGACCACGUCAUCGCUGGAGAAAAAGGUCUGAGCGAUCCGCUCCUGCAGGAACUCCCGAAGCUCGUCCAAAGACAUCUUCAAGAGACGCUCUUCACAAAUGUACAAACAUCGAGCUAAUAUGUGAAACUUAAAUUACAACUAAAUUAAGUGCUAUCAAACGCAGUAUUGAUCAGAUUAAUCACAGGGUUGCUGUGGAUUAAUUUUGAUUAAUCACAAUUAAAUAUCAUUCAUUUUAGCCACAGAAUAAAUGCAUGUGUGAAUUAUGCUAAACAUUUUAACCUAAUUCAGGGGUGUCCAAAAGCAACACCUUCAAAAACUGUAAUUUAACAAGAAAGCUAAAAAAAAAAUAAAUUAAUUUAAAAAAAUGAAAAAAAAAAUUAAAAAUCAACAGUAAUUUUACAAGAAUAAAGUCAAAAUAUUAAAAGAAAAAAGUUGUGAUUUUGUGAGAAUAACGGUGUAAUAUUAUGAAGAGAAAUAGUCAUUUUAGUAGCAUAUAGUUUAAAUAUUAAAGAAAAAAGUAAUUUUUUUAAACUCAGAAUAUUAUGAAAAACAAACAAAAAAGUGUACAUUGUUGAAAAAUUUGGUUAGGGAAAAAAUAAUGGUGGGAAUAAAGUUGUAAUUAUGAGAAGAACAUUUACAAGAAGAAAGUUGAAGUAUUUGGAAAAUUUAAAAGACAACAGCAAAUUGGAAAAAGUCUGCAGUAAUUUUACAGGUCAAAAUAUUAGGAGAAAAAACUCACAAUUAAAAAAAAAAAAAGUCAUAAUUUUACCAGAAUAAACUCAUAAUACUGUGAAGAAAAAUAAUGUCACUUUAGUAGCACAGAGUUGAAAUAUAAAACAAAUAUAUAUAUUUUUUUUUAAAAGUUGAAAUAUGAGAAACAAACAAAAGUUGGAAUUUUUGGAAAAUUAGGUUGGGGAAAAAGUUAGAAUUUAUGAGAAUAAAGUCAAAAUAUUAUGGGAAUAAAGUCAUAAUAUUAUGAGGAGAACAUUUACAAAGAUUAUUUAAGAAGUAAAUAAAUAAAAAAUGUAAAAAAAUGAAAUAUCUGGAAAAAAAAUCUAUAUAUAUAUACAUAUUGUAUAAUUAUAGAGAAAUACAGAAAAAAAAACAACAAUGAAGUACAUCCAAAAGUUCCAACAGUAGCAGACUGAUUGAUAAUAAAAAAAGAGAUGAAUUUAAAAGUAGUUAAGAGGUAAUAUGAUUGAUUGAUAUCUUACUUUUGUGUAUCUUCAAGAUGGUGUAAGACAUGGCGCUGAGGAGCUUCUCUCCCUCCAGGAUGAAAACGUCCCACAGACGAAGGGUGAGCGUGAACGGCGUCUGCAAAAAUCACAUCAUCACUUGUGGCUUCUCCUCCUCGCCAAUAUCAGAAGCCGCUUUUGCUUUUGGGCCAGACCUCAGAGGCCCGCACACCAGAUCCAGUCUACAAACAAGUCAGUGAGAAAGAAGUGCUGACAGUGGUCCAAGUCGGCCACCACAGGAUUGUGGACCCAACUCGGUGUCAGCGGAACAGCCCUCAUUGCUGCUAAGCUAAGAUAAAAUAUUACUGGCUUCUGUGGGAACCAUACCCAUUUCCAAAAGCUAUUGGCGAUUUUUCAGGGCCUUUUGACCAUUUUGCAUCCAUCAAGUAGGAGAACAAUGUAUUCACAGUAGGCCAUUCAUACCGCAUGAACCCUUCUCUCGGCUGAACCCCGCAGGCCUGCGUUCACGCUGAUCAUUCUUGUUACCUGUAUUCAAACUCGUUCUGAUUAUUUCUACUGAGGCUGUCAUGAAAGACUUGCAAAAGGAGCGAUCGCAUUAAAAACGUAGGUUGGACCUAAACUUACAAGAAAGGACAAUGUCACUUUUGUUCCCACAUGUGAGGCAGACUGAUGGUCAAAGGAAAGUGAAAGUGAAAAGCGAAGUGAAAUCACACAUGGUAAAAUGCUCAGGAAGUGGAGAAAUCAACAUUGCCAAGCCAUAUCUAAGCCGUAUCUAAGGAAGGUUACUCACCCUGUCAAUGAAACACUGCAUGAACCAUUUCGGAGUGUAAAUGCCAGCCGACAUCUGUUCUUUGUCCUGCAGAGAAACACAUCGACCAAGCGUCAUGUAUGCUUGAUAUCAUGAUGUCCUGUUUGACUGAUGGUAUGCGCAUCAUCUCACCAGAUGUUUCUUCAGUUUAGGAAUGAGUUUGGAAAUAAUCUGAUCGUGAUGUGCCUGGAAUCGCUGAAGCUUUGGGAACCCGGGAACGAAGAAUCCUAGUAAAAAAAAAAAAAAUAGCAUGCAAUAUGUAGAGUGUAAUUAUAGGUCCGCCUCUUUUAAAAGUGUGCGUGUUGUUAGAUAUUAUACACUCCUAAUAGCUAAAUGCAUUGUCUUGUCUCAUAGGGGCCUUCAGGACACACACACAUACACUCACAUAGCACAAUCAAAGGUGCACAACACUUUGAUAUUGGAAAAUUACUGGGAGACACACAAUAGAUGCUUUGCUCUCACUCACACCAGCUUAACUGUCACUUUCACACAAUUAAAGUUCACUUUCCAGGCACACAAGCGUAAGUUUACUUCCUAGAGGGGUGCAGCAACUGCUAUAUACACUUGUAGAACAAAAAAGUCAAGUGGUAGACCCGAAAAAAGGUUAAGUUCUUGGCCAGGCGGUAAUUGUGAACUGCAGCGUCAUGUUGAAAAAGCCAAAAGCCAAUCGUUACCACACAGACCAGGGCCUUCAGUGCCGUUUGACACCCCUGCACAACCUCAAGCUCCAUUGUUCCAAUGAAGGAAAAAGCACCACAGAUCAUGAUGGCGUCCCCUCCUGCCGUAUGGAAAACAUCUCCUGUGGGAUCUCCUUGGUGGGAUCUCCUUGUCAUGCCGUAACGUUGGAAGCCAUCAGAACUGUCAAGGUUACAUUUUUCUCAUCAAAGAAUAAAACUUUCUUCCACCUUCCAAUGUCCCAUGUUUGGUGCUCUCGUACUAAUUCCAAACGGGCAAUUUAGUGGCGUUGAAGGAGCCAAAGCCUUUGAAGACGUUUUAUGUUCUUAAAACCCUUCUCUUGCCGACGCCGUCUAACGCUUAUUGGACUGCACUCGGCACCAGGAACAACCUUCAUUUGUGCUGAGGAUGGUCCCGUGUCUUGAUGGACAGCCAAUCGGAUCCUCCGGCUCAGGGACAGUGACAUUUUUGGGGGGUCUACCACUGUUUCGUUCCAUUACCCUCAGGAUCUUUUAAAACGUUUAAAAUGACUGACUUACUGCGUCCAACCUCAGCAGCAAUGGCGCGCUGCGAGAGGCCCUGCUUAUGCAGCUCAACAAUCCAACCGCGUUCAAUGAGAGAAAUCUUUUCUAACCUUUGCCAUCAAGAGGUCAUGACAGCAUGAAUGAUACCUGACAAAAAAUGAUAUUGAAUCCACAUUUCUGCCAAGACUUUGUUUUUUAAAGGCUGUGGUCUUAAAAUUUAGAUCAGUUGAUGAACAGCCUAUUUCACUUGAACGCUUGUUCGCAAUAAUUUGCUGGUUACAUUUUUUUUUGCCUCACUGCCAUUUCUUCUUUUUGCAUUUUUCAAGCUCUAGUUAGAAACUCUUCAAGAUUCAACCAUGUGAAAUGUAAAUUUUUUAACUGGUCUUAAAAAUGUGAUUAGGAGCGUAAAUAGCAGUUGCUGUACCCCCUCUACAAAGUAAAACCUAAGCUUGUGUGCCUGGAAAGUGAAAGUGAA